AAUUAUACUCCUAAGGAUUUCUUUUGUACUUGCAGCUGAAGGAGAAUUAAGAAGACCAAAAAUAAAACAAGGAUUAGAAGAUCAAAAAAUCCUCAAAAAGAAAGGAGUUAAACUAUCAGCUGUAAUCGUUGGGGAUCCUGAACCUAUAAUAAUAUGGUGCAAAGACGGUAAAGAAUUAACUGAAGAUGAAUUUGAAAAGUACAAAAUGGUUUUAGACGCUGACGACAAGGAAAUAGAAGACAACCUAAAGGAAUGUACCUUCUCUCUAACAAUACCAAGAUGCGAAGAAGUAAACGGGGGUAAAUACACAAUUAAAGCGAAGAACAAAUGGGGCGAAUGUGAAAGUAGUGCCCAACUAACUAUUGUAUUUAAACCGGAAAUUGAAGGACCUGAAGACGUUGCAGCUGUUCCAGGAGAUGCUGCAGAAUUCGAAAUAAAAGUGCACGCUUGUCCUGAACCAGAAAUCACAUGGAUUAAAGACGGUCAAGUUAUACGUCCCGAUUUUGCCUUCGAAGUUUUAGAAGAUACGCCAAAUGAAAUCUAUAAACUUAUUAUUAAAAAAGUGGAAGUAAAUGACGCAGGGCACUACGAAGUUGUGGCCAAGAACGAAUAUGGGGAAUCUAAUAGUAGAACCCGAUUGAAAACGAUAAAGGAACCCGAACCCACAACUGAGAAGCCUCAAUUCAUCACCGGAUUAGCGGACGCUCAGGUGGAGGACGGUGGAGAGAUCGUACUCAAAGUUAGGGCUGAUGGCUUACCACGACCUGAGAUAAGCUGGUUCUUUAACGGUAAACCGGUCGCAGAAGAUCUCAAUCAUAAAAUCGAUACAAUUGCUAAAACCCAAGUUACUAGCAGUCUUGUCAUACAAGGGUACAACUUGGACGACAUCGGACAGUAUAAAGCAAUGGCUGUAAAUUGUGCGGGUGAAGCUGAAACCACGGCUCGGAUAUCCAUGACUCAAACUCCCCCAGGGUUUGGAAUACGUAUGGAAAGAUCUUUGGAUGUCAGUGAAGGAGAACCAUUGGAGAUUAAAGCUAAAAUAACGGGAAGUCCCAAACCCACGGUAAGUAAUUACUACAUGAUAAUUUCGAAAGAU